AUGCCUGGCCAGGCCGCCCCGCGGUUGGUGCGGGGAGAGGGUGGGGGGUCCCAGGGGGCCCGGGGGGCCACGGCCACCAUGCUCCGCUCCCUGUUGCUUCACUCCCUGAGGCUCUGCGCCCAGGCCGCCUCGUGCCUCGUGCUGUUCCCGCGCUUCCUCGGGACGGCCUUCAUGCUCUGGCUGCUGGACUUCCUGUGCAUCCGCAAGCAUUUCCUGGGCCGCAGGCGCCGGGGUCAGCCCGAACCCGAGGUAGAGCUCAACAGUGAGGGAGAGGAGGUGCCCCCCGACGACCCGCCCAUCUGCGUGUCCGACGACAACCGUCUGUGCACUCUGGCGUCGCUGCGGGCCGUGUGGCACGGCCAGAAGCUGGAUUUCUUCAAGCAGGCGCACGAGGGUGGCCCGGCACCCAACUCCCAAGUGGUCCUGCCCGAGGGGUUCCAGUACCAGCACAUCCUCGACUAUGCGCAGGGAAACCGCCCGCUGGUGCUCAACUUCGGCAGCUGCACCUGACCACCGUUCAUGGCGCGCAUGAGCGCCUUCCAGCGCCUGGUCACCAAGUACCAGCGCGACGUGGACUUUCUCAUCAUCUACAUCGAGGAGGCACACCCCUCCGACGGCUGGGUGACCACAGACACCCCUUACAGCAUCCCGCAGCACCGCAGCCUGGAAGACCGGGUCGCCGCCGCCCGCGUGCUGCAGCGGGGUGUGCCGGGCUGUGCGCUGGUCCUCGACACCAUGGCCAACUCCAGCAGCUCGGCCUACGGCGCCUACUUCGAGCGCCUCUACGUCGUCCAGAGUGGCAUCAUCAUGUACCAGGGCGGCCGCGGCCCGGACGGCUACCAGGUCUCCGAGCUGCGCACCUGGUUGGAGCACUACGACCAGCAGCUGCGCAGCGCUCUGCCAGGCCGAGUGUAGGCAACGCAGGGACAGUGCUCCGAACUUGGAGGGCCCUGCCUUCGAGUCUUCGAAGACCACGUGCAAAGGGCCCAAACGAAGUCAGGUGUGGCGAGGGCUCCGUGACACAGCUGUGCUGGGCCACCGAUCGCAGGCUGGGUCUGCACCCUCAGCCAAGCCACCUGGACACUCUCCCCCGCCUGCCCCCUCUGCUUCUGUGACUGUACCUGCCUGGCUGGCUCCAAACCCCUCCCGAGUGUGGGUGCUGCGCCGCCCUUGGUCUCCAUGCCCGUGGACUUGUCCUGCAGAAGCUUCUGUCGUGUUCUUUUGCACCCCCUCUCCAGAGAGAAGAGCCAACACCUUCAGCCGGGCUUGGCAGCCCCCCCCAAAGAGACUUGGGCUGCACCCUCCGCCCCGGCGCAGCUGGGUCCCAGCCCCGCUGCACAGCUCACCCUCGUUGCCUGGCACCCACACCUGUCUCGCUCAGCGGGGGCACGCCCCGCUGCUUCUGUGUUUGUGUCUUGUCCCUAAGGCAGGGAGGGGGGCUUGGGAUGGGGAAAGGUGAGCAGGGUUGUUUCCCCCCCUUAUUUUGGGCGCUCUGGAGCCCCGCUGCUGAUGACGAGCUGUCUCUAACUGGUCUUGACCACGAGCUGCUUCUGAACUGCAGGGGGUCGCAGCAGAGCCUAAAACCAGCGGGGGAAAGAGCUCUGGGUUUCUGUGGGGAAGCCCCCAUCAACCGGGUGGGAAAGGGAGGUCGGGGGCUGUCUUGGAGCCAGAGGAGGGCGGCUCAAGAGGCACUGGCGAGGCGGUCCCAGCGCCCCAAGGACGUGUAAGAGGCUUAUUCCCGGGAAACUGGGUUUGGCUGGCCGGGGUGGAGGGGCAGGAGUGGGGGGAAAGAGCUUGGAGACCCCCAGUGAGGGGCCCUCUAGGCAGCGCUAGGCAUUGCAGGGCCGGGAGGUGGGGGCCCCUGACAUGAAGGACAGUUGGUGAGUGUUUU